AUUACCCCUCUGAAAGCCACGGAGAGAGGAGGAAAGGGAGAGGGCCGGAGAGACAGAGAUUGGAGAUAAAAAAACACACACAAGAGAAGAAAUAGAUGAAAUAAAAAGAGAAACGGAAAAAAAGAUACUUCAAAAAAUCUUCACGUUGCGAGUGUUUAGAAAGUGAAGUGGCUUUAUAAAGUAGUGUAGAAGUGUUUUUAAGUAACUCACACUACUACUACUACUACGGGAAAAGUGUAUAAGUGCUUGCCUACACACACAUCGACGCUGUGUGUACGUAUGUGCGUAUAAAUACCAGUUUUGUGUAUGUAUGUGUGCAAGAAGAAAGAAAGAACACGGAUUUGAAGUCUCGUCUUCCCUCUCCUUACAAUGUCUCCCGGCGUUCCCCAAGACACAAGCCUUCUCGAUUUUAACGCAGAGGGUCCCACAAUGCUCCGGGGCGUGCGUCGUGAUGGCGUGGACCAGCGGGCAGUGGGGGGCCAUCUGGCACUGGUAAAGAGGAAUUCUACCCCUGUGGCUGCUGGGGUGACCAUGGGUGUGCUGGGCGGGGCUCUACCCAGUGGGCGGACUCAAAGCACUAGUGGGCCGGCAGCUUCUACAGGCCCGUCAGAGCACCGCCGGCUGGACCGCUGUCACUCUGAGCCAGCUAAGGGCGGCGGCAACUCCUCCCGCUACAAGACAGAGCUGUGCCGGCCCUUCGAGGAGCACGGCUUCUGUAAAUACGGCGACAAGUGUCAGUUUGCCCACGGUGGCGCUGAACUGCGGACCCUCAACAGACACCCCAAGUACAAAACGGAACUGUGCCGCACUUUCCACACCAUUGGGUUCUGUCCGUACGGCCCAAGGUGUCACUUCAUCCACAAUGCUGAGGAGAGACGCGGCGCCCCUCCUCCACCUUCCCCAGGCCCUAAUCCACCUCCACCUAUCUCCCCAAGGCCUCAUAUGCUCAUGGGCGGCCUAGGUUCAGCUGCUGACUCUCCAUCCCCACCUUCCUCCCUGCACGGGUCACCCACCACCCCGUCAGCAUUCUUCGAUGAGACCUUUAGCUUGUUCCCCGGGUGUGGGCGUGGACGUGGGCUUCUGGAGGGCCUCACUGUGGGUCUCCAUGGUCUAACCCCCACUGGGCCUGCUUCCCCUUCCCCCGGGGGCUCGCUGCCUGGGUUGGACACGCCCCCGGUCAGCCCAGUGGAGUCCCUCGCUGGAGAUCUGGAUUCACUGUCCCUUUCCUCUUCGCACUCCACGUCCCCCACGCCACACACCCACGCCCUUGAUAUCCCCCGCUCCCUCAGGCUCCCAAUCUUUGAGCAGCUGUGUGAACAUGACUAAGGGCCUCCUGGGAACCCUGAGAUACCCCUAAAAUCCCUGUAAACCCCCGGAAAGCUAGGCAACUCAAGAUGUAUCCCUAUAAAUGCCACAUACUGUUCUAAUCGCAAAUAUUCUGCUUUGAAUCACCGCUGUCUGUUCCCAAUAACUCAUAGUGCCCCGGACGACCCCCAAAUAACCUAUGGCAACCCCAAACUACCCCAAGCAACCCCUGAAACUACCGGAAAACUAAGUUAUCUCCCCCGAAACACCCCACAGACUGCCAUGUCUAACCCUGAACCGUGCCCUGAAAACCAGUGAAGCAUUGCAAACUGGUCCUUAGAUGAAACGGACUCACAAAGAACAUUAAUACAAACUGAUUUUUUUACCCGAUCAAAUGCAGAGCUAUAAAAUCAAGUCCUUUUUUGGUAAGACACCCUUAAACGCACAAUUUUAAAUGCAAACAAAUCAAUUUUUUUUACGUUUUUAAAUGCAAUUAAUUACAAAAAAGUCAGGUCGUUUUUUGGUAAACACACCCCAAACAGCACAAAUCAAUGCAAACAAACUUGAUUCUAAUGCAAACAACUAAAUAACAAGCUUUUUUUGGUAAACACGCCUGAAAAGGAAACGAAACACCUUUUUUACCCUUUAUAAAUGCAAACAACUAUAAAUAAAAACAUCUUUAUUCAAACAAACCACCAAGAACAUGAUUCCGUGCAAACAGACGUGAUAUUUUGCCUUACUAACUCGCAAACAAUGUCCCAAGAAGUGCCUGGAUGCAAACAAGACUAUCCUCUCAACCAUAGACAAUCAUAAUCUUUUAUAUAUAAACAAGAGAGUGGCUUUAAGGUGAUUACCCUAAAAUACCCUUAAAAAAAUUAGAUUCUAUUCAAACAACCCCAUGAUAUCCACUUUUUAGGCGAACAAACACAAUUUCAUUCCCAAACACUUAAAAAACAACCACAAAAAAACACUACAAAUAUUUAAAACACCUUGAAUCCCUCAAUAACAUCUUUAAAAACCAUAAUGAAGUAGAAACACACUGAAACACUUUUACAAACACCCUAAAUAGAUUAGAAAUACACG